UGCUUACAUUUUAAUAAGAUAAACUUUAUUAAUACAACACAGGGAAAUUCAAGCGUCACAGCAUCAGAAGUACAAGAACAGAUGCAUAUUAUAGUUAUGUAACUAAAAUAGAAUACUGUAUACAUUAUGAACAUCUAUCAUUUACCAAUGAAGCAUGAUAGCAUAGUAACUAUAAAGGUUGGAGACAAAGAAGUUGUAAUAAAAAAUGAAAUACUUAGAAUUGCACUUGAGUGAAUGAAACGCAGUAGUGGUUGUAUUGUGUCUGCAGAUAGCAGUUAGCAAACUUAGCUGGUGAACAUAGUGGAGCAUUUAGAAGCUAGUGUCAGAUAUUUCCCUCAGGAGUUGGUGGAGACCAAACAGAGUUAAAACAGAGUGAAUAUUGGACUUAGAUUUAUCAGGUGGCCAAAAAGCAUGACUCCAAAUGAAUGGUAAUGGGAAUGCUCUGUGGAUGUGUAAAUAAGCAAAUAUUAGCUAACAUUAAUGCUUGCUAAUGUUGUGUUCACAGCUUGUUUCUGCUACCCCCAAGUGACCAAAAAAAAGGUUUAAGUACAAUUCUGAACACGGGCUUUUAUAUUGUUGGAUUGCUACUUUUAGUUAAGUAAAAAAAAGGGGGGGGAUCUGAAUACCUAUUACAGCACUGCAUGAAUUGAAAUUAAAUGCAGCAAUUAAAUUUUUUUCUUUUAUCUUCACCUUCUGAAAGUAUCAUAUCGAAUUUGAGUUUUUUCAAAACUUUAAUUACAUCAGUCCUCCCAAACCAGAAUGUCUGAAUAAAUUGUCAUUAUCUUCCUUCACUGCUCAGGUUUAUUUAAGAGAUGUCAGGGGAAAAAAAUCUCAAUCCUUUGAUUGUAUUAAGAUGAAAAUCUGCUCUAUUGCAUUCCACUGAUCACUCAUAGGACAGGAAACUGUUGUUUAGAGGAUAAUGUCAAAGUGUGUGUGUUAACUCUGAGUUUAAAAGUCACCAGUACAGUAUAAUAGUGUUGUUUAACUUGUACAUCCAUUAGAGGUAUUUUAACACUUCAGUCACUGCCAAACAAGGACAAAUAACACUUGUUAGCACUUGUCAACACAGAUGAACACCAAGUACAAUAGAUCGAUUAGAACAGAUGAAGUUACAUAUUUGAGCAAUAAGCUUAGUUCAGCGGUCCUAUACAAAAAUGAAUCCUUCAGAAUACUUCCUUCUUCUGUACAGUCAUGUUUCAACAGUAAUGAGUAACACUGACAGCAGCCCGCAAUCUGACUAUUUGUCUCCAUCUGAGGCCGAGCACCAUCCGCCAUCAGUCUGUUAAUCCACUGGGGAGACCAGAUUAGAUCUGGGCAUGAUGAAGUGCCGCAGUGACCUGACCGCAGGAAUUAUCUCAUCUUGUGUGCAUGAAUGUGUGUUUGUGUAAUGGCUAUAUGGCUUUAUGUGUGGAUUAGACCUAUGGAACAGCUGUGUGAGCUGUCCUGAAUAAGAGCUAUUCAUGUUAAACUGCCACCUCCCUGACCUGUGACUUAAGCCUCACUGACCCUGGGUUCCCUCACACUGACAUUGGUCAUGAUGGUGUUCACUCUCAGCAGAUUAACAGCUCCUGGAUGCUGGAGAUGUCAUAUAAACUGUUAUUAUAUUCCACAGAAUGCAGUCUCUUUGAAUUUAUCCAGCACUUUUUUGGGGGUAUUUUUCAGCAAUAAAUCUGUUUCUUUGAGUCAGCAAGCCUCUUCUAAAAGUGACGCACUCUCACAGACAAUGUCAGACACUGGCAAUGAAAUUUUAUUAGGGGCAGGGCCAUGUUCACUUUCCACCUUCACUUAUGAGAAUAUUUGAUAAGAUGAUCAAAAAGUAAUUCCAGCCUUCAACUCAGAACAAUGACUUUGCCACCUCGCUGCCCCUAUCUUAAGGCCUUUGUAAAAAAAGAGCUUUAUUUCUGCUGAACAAAGACCAAGACUGACAUGACUUUUACCUACCUUUUCUUCUCAAGCACAAUGCGGCUUUAUCAAUUGUGACUCCCUGAAAAGUAGAUAGAACUGCCUUCAACCAUCCAAGACUAAAUUUCUCUUCCACAAGACUAUAUGGCUGGACUGUGUAUGGGUUUCUUGAAGGAUUGCCCCAGUGGAACCCUGAAUGUGGAGGAGUUCAAGAAGAUCUACGCCAAUUUCUUCCCCUAUGGUGACGCCUCCAAGUUCGCUGAGCACGUCUUCCGAACGUUUGACACCAACGGUGACGGGACGAUAGACUUCCGGGAGUUCAUCAUCGCCUUGAGUGUGACAUCACGGGGCAAGCUGGAGCAGAAGCUGAAAUGGGCCUUCAGCAUGUAUGACCUGGACGGAAACGGGUACAUCAGCCGUGAGGAGAUGCUGGAGAUUGUACAGGCCAUCUACAAGAUGGUGUCAUCUGUGAUGAAGAUGCCAGAGGAUGAAUCCACGCCGGAGAAGAGGACAGAUAAGAUCUUCAGACAAAUGGACCUCAAUAAUGAUGGCAAAUUAUCCCUGGAGGAGUUUAUCAAAGGUGCCAAAAGCGACCCCUCCAUUGUUCGGCUACUCCAGUGCGACCCCAGCUCGGCCUCCCAGUUCUGAACCCACCGCCCCCCACCCCGCCCCCCCGCCGCGACUGCUUCUUCCUCACCCUCUCCGUUGCUAUCGAAACAGUCACUCAAAUCAAUGCAUGAUGGUUCUCGUCUCUCAUAUCAUCUUCAUUUUUUUGUGUCUGUGUGUGUGUUUGUGCGAGGAUGGAGGUAUUUUAAGGAGGAUUAAGAAGAGUCAUCACUUUCAUUUUACUUUCAUUUUUAUAUUUUGGAAAAACGAAGGGACACGCAUACAUUUAAUGAUCAGUCGACAGAGGGGUCCGCUAAUGUUCCUGAAUAUCUCUCUCUCUCUGGAACAUCGGAUUUCCAAGGAGCUGGUGACAAAGUGUGAAUGUUUGUUGUUUUUUUUGUUUUGUUUUUUUUUUUGCAGGAUGUGAUGAUCUUGAGAAGCGUCUCGCUCAGUUUCUCCUCCACCACACAUGUAUAUCAUGUAUAUACUGUAUGUCUAUGUAUAUCAUAAGAUGAAGUACAUUUGUCUUCAUGUAUGGUGCACACUCUCUGGCAUUGAAAGGCAGUAUUAUGUAGCGUAGCCUCCUGGUCUGAUCUGAAUAAGUG